AUGGCUCGUCUCUUCGCGGCAUCCCAGCUGCUGCCUGUGCUGGUACUGGCUGCCAUGCUUGCUCUCCUCGCUUCUGCGCCUGCCGCGAACGCCGCUGACGGAGUGAACUACGUCAAGAGCGGCCUCGACUGGGAGGGAGUGUGUGCGUCGGGCGAGAGGCAGUCGCCCAUCAACAUAGUAAUGGACGAGGCACGGACAGUGAGUGACGCGGAGAGGUUCCAUCUGGACUAUGACACGUCAGCCACCACGGCUACAGUCAUCAACAAGGGAUACACCGUCCAGGUGGUUCCGAACCCAUCCAACACCUACAAGCUUCACAUAACCAGCGGCACUUAUGAGCUGAAGCAGGUGCACGUGCACGCCUUCUCAGAGCACGCAGUCAAUGGGCUCUUCGCUCCUAUGGAGGCCCACUUCGUGCAUGCACACAUCGACAACCCCUCCCAGCUCGCUGUAGUCGGUGUCAUGCUGAGACUGCAGCGGGACAACCAGGCGAGCCCGUGGGUGGAUUCAUGGCUGCCUGAGACCCCCUCGGGGCUGAACGCAACGGCUGGGGUUGAUGUUUCCGGGAGUUUUUGGAGGGAGAUGAUGGAUUUGUCCAUGGGGUUUUGGAGGUAUCCCGGCUCGCUUACUACUCCGAGCUGCGACGAGAUUGUUGAGUGGCACGUGCUGCGCAAGGCCAAGUUCCUCUCUGUGAAUCAGGCUGCCACUUUCAUGAAUCUGAUGGGAACGAUGAACAAGGAGCGCACCAAUAAUCGCCUGCCAGAGCCACUUCACGGCAGGGAGGUCACCUACUUCACUACAAUCACUGCAUACUACUGGCUCGUGCCGCUGAUUUCCCUGCUUCUCCUCUCCGCAGCGACAGCUCACUUCUCACAGGACGGCAGAAGCGCGAUCGGCGCUACUACAGUCGGCGGCGCGCACUUCACGUCGCGCGUCUUCCUCUCUCUCGACGCCGCCAGAUCCGCUUCCGCGCCCCUCUCGCGGAGGCGAGGGCGCAUGCUAGCGGGCAAGGCGGCGGACGGCGCGAACGCGCUGUUCAACAUCUCGUCGCCCUUCAACAACUUCGGGCGCAUGUACACGGUGAUAUCGCUGGGCACGCCCGCGCGGUCGUUCGCGGUGAACGUGGACACGAGCACGAGCCUGUCGUGGGUCUCCUGCGACUGCCUGCAGUGCCCCUCCUCCUCCACCAUCGUCACCUCGCUCACGGAGUUCUCAACAGCAGCGUCGACCACGGCCAAGCCAGUGGGGUGCAAGGACGCGGCGUGCAAGCAGGCGCCCGUGUUUGGGUGCGACCAGCUGGCGGAGGGGCAGGGCGGCAGGAAGGGCGUGUGCGAGUACUCUCUUGCUACCAACGGCACGCUCGUUUCCGAUCGCAUUGCGCUCGCUGCCGCUGACGGGAGCAGCACCAGCGCGGCUGCAUCGGUCGUGUUUGGGUGCGCCAGGGUGCGUCCAUUUGAAGACCUAGACGACCCAGUGGCAGUGGACGGAGUGCUAGGCCUGGGAGCCAGGAGCUACUCGGUGCUCAACCAGCUGGCGGCGGCAGCGGUGGUGCCGCCUGCGUUUGCGCUGUGCUUUGACUCAACGAGCAACUCGGGGUUCCUGUCGCUGGGCGCGCCAAUGCUGCCACCCAAUGUCACCACCACGGACUAUGUGGGGUUUGACAACGACACGCGCUACUUCCUGCCGCUGACACAGAUCCGCGUGGGGCAGACAGCAGUGAAGGGCAGCGCAGCAGUGGCAAAGAUGAACGGCGACCUCACAGGCGGCUUCACCGUCAAGAGCAGCUACCUCUCCUCGGGUCUGCGAUCCGCUGUGCACGCUGACCUGGUCAAACUGGUGUUUGCCAACUCCUCCCUGCGCCGGGCCGACAUGGACGUCUACUCAUGCGUGCACCUCACCGUCUUUGAGGCACAGGACAUGGUGUUCCCCUCCAUAUUCCUGGAUGUUAAGGAGGGCUCGCUCGAGAUCACACCCAACAACUACCUCAUCAAAUACGGCGAGGACAGCACGGGCAUGAUCCUGUGUCUGUCCGCCAUUGUUGUGGAUGACGACCUUUCCAACGGGUUCAUUGGGGCCCUGUGGAUGCGAGACAUGUAUCUGCGCUUUGACCUGGCCAAGAAGAAGCUAGCCUUCCAACCCCUCAACUGCUCAGCAGGUGAAUACUUCACGUCCAUCCCAGCUCCCCCUCCCCCAGCUCCACCUGCUCCCCCGUCCACUGCAGCACCGCCCACACCACAGCCACCUGCACCUCCCUUUGGCGGCAACGGCAGUGUGUCAGCACAGGAUGCAGACAAGGGGAACGGUGUGAUUCCCAGUGAUCUGCCGGUCGCGCUUCAGAACAAUGCGACUGGGGGGGGUGACUCGGCUGGUGCCGGGGGCAAGGCAGGCCACCUGAGUUGCUCCAUCUGGAACAUCCAUUCUCUCAUCGCUCUUGUGAUGGGGCUGCUUACCCUUCUGGUGCCCUAG